CACAUCUUUACAGGGAAACCAACUUUAGUCCGAGUUCCAAAUCCAGAAUCCAGAACGCUGAGAGCGGAGAGUGAGAGAGGCGGCGCGCUGGCACUGCCGGGGAGAGCUGCGGCAGCCCUCACAUUACUAUAUAGAGGGAGCAGGCAGGGAGCCAGUGACACUCCCCUCCACACAGGACUAUUACAGCAAAGUGGCAAAUUGGGACAAGAAUAACUCAAACUUCUCUCCGACCUCAGCAACCAGGGAGACUCAGCUACUUUAUUAUUUGAUUUGUUUUUAAACAGUGCUACUAUUUUUUUUAUUCAAUUCUUGUGACUUCUGAACAUUGCUUAUGUUUGUAUUUUAUUCUGAUUGCUGAAGCUGCCAUGGGGAAAGUAUUUGCAAGUUGCCUUCUGACUUUGGCUGGACUUUUGCCUGCUGUGGCGUUUGAGACGUUUUCAGGUAGCUGUUCCUUUGAUGAACCAUACCAGUCAUGUGGCUAUAGUCAGUCAGAACACAAUGACUUUAACUGGGAGCAAGUGAACACAUUGCUAAAGCCGCCUUCAGAUCCCUGGAUGCCGUCAGGGUCAUUCAUGAUGGUGAAUACUUCGGGAAGAUUUGCUGGGCAAAGAGCAACGCUGCUGUUACCUCAACUAAAAGAGAAUGACACUCACUGUAUUGACUUUCACUAUUUUGUGUCAAGUAAAAGUGGGUCACUUCCUGGGUUCCUGAAUAUUUAUGUCACGGUGAACAAUGGUCCUCUCGGUAGCCCGAUCUGGAAUAUAUCCGGGACUGCAACUGGUACAUGGAAUAGAGCAGAGCUGGCAAUUAGCACCUUCUGGCCAAAUUUUUACCAGGUUUAUUUUGAAGUCAUCACAUCUGAACAGAAUGGAUAUCUGGCCAUUGAUGAAGUUAAGGUUCUAGGACAUCCUUGUCCCAAAACGCCUCACUUUAUAUGGGUAAAAAACGUGGAUGUCAAUGCGGGUCAGUUUGCUUCUUUCGUAUGUAUGGCAAAUGGAAAGGCAAAGACUAGUGAUCAGCUCUGGUUGCAGGGCGCCAAUAGAAGGGAUGCACCGUUAAAGGAAAUAAAAGUGCAUAAUGAUCGUCGAUUUGUGGCCACGUUUAAUGUAGUGAACACAACGAAAAGGGAUGCUGGCAAUUAUCGUUGCAUGAUUCGAACAGAAGGCGGAGUUGGAGUAUCAAACUAUGCUGAAUUAGUUGUCAAAGAACCUCCUGUUCCCAUUGCUCCACCUCAGCUUUCAUCUGUGGGAGCUACGUAUAUGUGGAUACAGCUUAAUGCAAAUUCGAUCAAUGGAGACGGACCCAUCAUUCAGAGAGAGGUUGAGUAUCGUACCACUAGCGGAAGCUGGUAUGACAUUCAACCAGUGGACUCUUCUAGUUAUAAGAUAGGACACCUGGAUCCUGACACAGAAUAUGAAAUAAGUGUCCUGUUAACCAGGCCAGGAGAAGGAGGGACUGGUUCUCCAGGUCCGGCAUUGAGAACAAGGACUAAAUGUGCUGAUCCAAUGCACGGGCCGAGGAAAUUGCAAGUUGUAGAGAUAAAGUCAAGGCAAAUCACGAUCCGAUGGGAACCAUUUGGAUACAAUGUUACAAGGUGUCAUCGCUACAACCUCACUAUUCUCUAUAAAUACCAGGUUGGAGGUCUAGAGCAAGUAAGAGAGGAAGUGAGCUGGGAUGCAGAAAACACACAUCCUCAGCAUACAAUCACAAACCUGUCACCUUUCACCAAUGUCAGUGUAAAACUGGUACUUAUGAAUCCUGAAGGGAGGAAAGAAAGCCAAGAACUCAUUGUACAGACUGAUGAGGAUGUUCCAAGCGCUGUACCUCUAGAAUCAAUCCAGAGCAGUACAUUUGAAGAGAAGAUCUUUCUACAGUGGCGGGAGCCUGCACAGACAUAUGGGAUUAUUACUUUAUAUGAGAUCUCCUACAAGGCAGUCAGCUCGUUCGACCCUGAAAUAGAUUUGUCCAAUCAGAGUGGACGAAUAUUAAAAUCAGGAAAUGAGACACAUUAUCUGUUCUUUGGGUUAUAUCCUGGGACAACGUAUUCUUUCACCAUCAGGGCUAGUACGGCAAAAGGAUUUGGCCCUUCUAUUACAAGCCAGUUUACAACUAAGAUUUCAGCUCCCUCUAUGCCAGCUUAUGAACUUGAAACACCUUUGAAUCAGACUGACAGCACAGUGACAGUCAUACUGAAGCCGGCUCAGAGCAGAGGCGCUCCUGUCAGUGUUUACCAGAUUAUUGUGGAAGAAGAACGUCCUCGAAGGACUAAAAAGACAGCAGAAGCCUUAAAGUGUUAUCCCGUUCCCAUCCAUUUCCAAAACUCAUCAAUACUGAACUCUCAGUACUAUUUCGCUGCAGAAUUUCCUCCGACUGUCCUAUCGUCAGCCCUGCUGUUUACAGUUGGUGAUAAUAAAACAUACAGUGGUUACUGGAACACUCCACUCCUGCCCCACAAAAGCUACAGUGUCUAUUAUCAAGCUGCUAGCAGAGCGAAUGGGGAAACCAAAAUCGACUGUGUGAGGAUAGCCACAAAAGCUGCGAUAAUCGUGACUCAGCUUACAACUCCAUACAUUCGCAUCGCCCCUGCUGCAGGCGACGACCAACUAACAGGAGCUGCAACUCAUAAGCCAGACCCAGAGCCCGAGGAACAAUCAGACCACACAGUGAAAAUUGCUGGAGUCAUUGCAGGGAUACUGCUGUUUGUCAUCAUUUUCCUGGGAGUUGUCUUAGUAAUGAAGAAAAGAAGAAGCUAUAACUCCUACACAUACUACCUGAAACUGGCAAAGAAGCGUAAGGAGACACUGAGCAGCACCCGCCAGGAGAUGACAGUUAUGGUGAAUUCAAUGGAUAGGAGUUACACGGAGCAAGGCACCAACUGCGAUGAGGGUUUCUCAUUCAUGGACAUGCACAAUGUAAAUGGCAGAUCCGUAUCAUCACCUUCAUCCUUCACAAUGAAAACAAACACAUUAAGUACAACUGUACCAAACUCCUACUACCCAGAUCCGUUUGUGCCCACCGCAAUCCUAGAAAAUCUGGAAUACCAGGACCAGAAUGGGAGUUUGAAAACCAGGACUGGACCAGAAUCUCAUGAGGAUAUGGAGUUAGGUUGGAUAUGCUAUGAAAACCAUCCGAACAGUGAAACCAGCAGCUUAGCCCAGUCUCACACAUACAAGAAACGGGAGACAGCUGAUGUCCCAUACCAGACAGGCCAGCUUCAUCCAGCCAUCCGCGUAGCUGACUUACUGCAGCACAUCACACAGAUGAAAUGUGCUGAAGGCUACGGAUUCAAAGAAGAAUACGAAAGCUUCUUUGAAGGACAAACUGCUCCGUGGGAGUCAGCUAAGAAAGAUGAGAAUAGAAUGAAGAAUAGAUAUGGGAAUAUCAUUGCCUAUGACCAUUCCCGAGUGAGACUUCAAGCCAUUGAAGAUGAAGCCAGCUCUGACUAUAUCAAUGGAAAUUAUAUUGACGGCUAUCAUAGACCUAAUCAUUAUAUUGCAACACAAGGACCAAUGCAAGAAACCGUAUAUGACUUCUGGAGAAUGGUUUGGCAUGAAAACACAGCCAGUAUAGUCAUGGUAACCAACCUAGUAGAAGUGGGAAGGGUGAAGUGCUGCAAAUACUGGCCAGACGACACAGAGAUCUAUAAAGAUAUUAAAGUCACACUAAUUGAAACAGAGCUUCUCGCUGAAUAUGUCAUCAGAACAUUUGCAGUGGAAAAGAGAGGUAUUCAUGAAAUCCGUGAAAUUCGCCAGUUCCACUUCACAGGAUGGCCAGACCACGGAGUUCCGUACCAUGCCACAGGACUCCUGGGAUUUGUACGACAAGUUAAAUCAAAGAGCCCGUCCAAUGCUGGUCCAUUGGUUGUGCACUGCAGCGCUGGUGCUGGCAGGACAGGAUGCUUUAUCGUCAUUGACAUCAUGCUUGACAUGGCAGAAAGGGAAGGUGUUGUAGAUAUCUUUAACUGUGUGAGAGAACUUCGAUUGCGUAGAGUAAAUAUGGUACAAACUGAGGAACAGUAUGUGUUCAUUCAUGAUGCCAUAUUGGAAGCCUGUCUAUGUGGAGAUACUUCUAUAGCCGCUUCUCAGGUCAGAUCUGUGUAUUAUGAAAUGAACAAAGUGGAUCCUCAAACAAACUCCAGCCAAAUCAAAGAAGAAUUCAGGACGUUAAACAUGGUAACACCUACACUUCGAGUUGAAGACUGCAGUAUAGCACUGUUACCCAGAAAUCAUGAGAAGAACCGUUGCAUGGAUGUCCUACCUCCAGACAGAUGCCUUCCCUUUCUCAUAACGAUAGAUGGAGAGAGCAGUAACUACAUCAAUGCAGCACUGAUGGAUAGCUACGUUCAACCUUCUGCUUUCAUAGUUACGCAACAUCCCUUACCGAAUACAGUGAAAGACUUCUGGAGACUUGUCCUUGACUAUCACUGCACAUCAAUAGUAAUGCUAAACGAUGUAGAUCCUGCACAGCUGUGUCCUCAGUACUGGCCAGAAAAUGGAGUACACAGACAUGGUCCAAUCCAAGUGGAAUUUGUGUCUGCUGACCUAGAAGAAGACAUAAUAAGUCGGAUAUUUAGGAUCUACAAUGCUUCAAGGCCUCAGGAUGGGUAUCGAAUGGUGCAGCAGUUCCAGUUUCUUGGUUGGCCAAUGUACAGAGACACUCCAGUCUCUAAACGAUCCUUCCUGAAACUCAUUCGGCAGGUGGACAAAUGGCAGGAAGAAUACAAUGGAGGAGAAGGUCGAACAGUUGUUCACUGCUUAAAUGGAGGUGGUCGCAGUGGUACAUUUUGUGCAAUUAGUAUUGUUUGUGAAAUGUUACAACACCAGAGAGCGGUUGAUGUAUUCCAUGCUGUGAAGACACUGAGGAACAAUAAGCCAAAUAUGGUGGACCUUUUGGAUCAGUACAAAUUCUGUUAUGAAGUGGCUUUGGAAUAUUUAAAUUCCGGAUGACUGAACUAAUGAUAUGAAUAAGGAAAGAAACAAACAAAAAACAAACAGAAAAAAAAUGAAAAACCUCCACCUCCAUCUCUUACCACGGAACAAUGCAAAUUGUUCCUUGAUAUUUGUGUAUAUACAAUGAAGACUUCAGUGUUCUGCUUAUUAUGCUUUCGUAUAAUUGGCUCUUUUAAGAGCUGGAGAAAAGUGUUUUGGAAAAUGCUUGCACUGCCUUUUUAUCCCACUGCGAUGCUGCUCCAUAGACUGUUCUUGAAGUUUAUGGGUACAAUAUCCACAAAUACUAAGCAGCCUGGAAUAAGCAGCAUAAUCAGUUGACAAAUGAAAGAGCACAAUACGUUCUUAUGAAGGAAUUUGUACUCUUCACCAUUGGAUUGCCUUUACUGAUGUCAUUAAUUCGAUUGUGUUGAGUCUUAUUUUAUUUUUAUUUUUUUCUGUGGUUCUGUGGAAAAUGCAGUCCAGCACAAUGACAAAACAAAGCGUAUUAUUUUGGUUAUAUUUGUACCCCAGACGUGUUUAAAAAGAACAACCCAUAGUAUAUAUGUUUAUUGUUUUCUGUUUUUAAAAUGCAUUUUAAUAGGUCAUCCUCUGUUCAAUUUCAAUUACUUUAUUUGUAUCAUUUCAAAGAACUAAAGGAGUAAUUUGCAAAAAAAAAAAAUUUAAAAAAGUAUGGGAUAAAUAAAAAAACCAAACCUAUCCAAAGCUUUUUUUUCAUGGGUUUAUAUUGUAAAUAUACAUUACGGAACAUUAGAUUUAUUUAUUGAAAAUAAACUUUUUGUGAAGACUGAUAAAUGACAAUCAGUAAAUUUCCAUUGUUACUUUUGGAGGAGAAUAUUACAUACACAGGAUUCUGGGCUUGGGUUGCAAUCUGUGCAGUAGAAGAAUAAUAUGUUUGACAUUGUAAACAUUUGUUUACCUUGUACAGAUCCUCAGCUCAAUAAAUAU